UGAAUCAGUUCUUUGCAGAGUGACCGAAGUGACCAGCUGAUCCCGCUCUCAUCUCCACACUUGUGACUCCUCGAACUUUUUAUUUUUUAUUUAAAGUUCUUAUUAUCUACUCGCUUCACCUCGACAUUUCUAGGUGCAGCUUUGUGCGGACUAUCCCAGUGGAAGCAGCAGACAGACGGGCUGAUCUGGGGGUGGGAGGACGCGCUCUUUCACAUUUGCUGCUUUCUGUUCUUGGGGGGUUCAAACUUACCAUCGCCAUGUCUUGCGGUGAUGCGUCGGACCAGAGCCGGCGGUUCUGUGUGUUGUCUUGGGAUCAGGUGCAGAGACUGGACUCGAUCCUGGGAGAGGCGAUCCCCAUCCACGGACGAGGGAACUUCCCCACUCUGUCCGUGCAGCCCCGGCAGAUCGUUCAGGUGGUGCGGGCCCGACUGGAGGAGAGGGGUGUGUGUGUUAAGGAUGUGAGGUUGAAUGGAUCAGCUGCUAGCCAUGUGCUCCACCAGGACACCGGACUGGGCUACAAGGACCUCGACCUGAUCUUUGGCGUGUCGCUGAGAGACGACCAGGCCUUUCGUCUAGUGAAGGAUGUCGUGCUGGACUGUCUGUUAGACUUCCUGCCAGCAGGGGUCUCUAAGGAGCGCAUAACAGCGUUGACCCUCAAGGAGGCCUAUGUACAGAAACUGGUGAAAGUCUGUAAUGACACAGACCGCUGGAGCCUCAUCUCGCUGUCCAACAACACGGGCAAGAAUGUGGAGCUAAAAUUUGUGGACUCCUUACGGCGACAGUUUGAAUUUAGUGUGGACUCGUUCCAGAUUUGCCUUGAUUCUCUGCUCUUAUUCGACCGCUGCUCGGAGACGCCCAUGUCUGAGAGCUUUCACCCCACUGUGAUUGGGGAGAGUGUUUAUGGGGACUUCAAGGAGGCCAUGGACCACCUGUGUCAGAGGACCAUAGCUACACGUAGCCCGGAAGAAAUCAGAGGGGGUGGCUUACUGAAGUAUUGCCACCUGCUGGUGCGGGGGUUCAGGCCCUCUUCAGAGGCGGACAUGAAGCAGAUGCAGCGCUACAUGUGCUCUCGCUUCUUCAUUGACUUCCCUGAUAUUGGUGAGCAGCAGCGGAAACUGGAGGCUUAUCUCCAAAACCACUUUGCCGGAAUGGAGCACAAACGGUACGAGUGCCUGAUGACUCUACAUCAGGUGGUAAACGAAAGCACCGUGUGUCUGAUGGGCCACGAGCGGCGCCAGACACUCAGCCUCAUCUCUAUGUUGGCGCUGAAGGUGCUGGCUGAACAAAACGCCAUCCCCACUGUCACAAACGUCACAUGUUACUACCAGCCAGCUCCAUAUGUACAGGACAUCAACUUCAGUAAUUAUUAUAUAGCACAUGUGCAGCCGCCGCCGGUGUCACCGUGCAGUAAUUCAUAUCAGACGUGGCUGCCCUGCAGCUGAACUGGCUGUGCAAAAGGGCAAAAAUGGAUGUGUCUCCAUUGCUCUUCAGCGUUCAAAGGAAGUGGACUGAAAACACACAAAAAAAGAAACCCGUUUGCCAAAUGUGACUUGAGGAAAACAAUCCUGUACUGCUGUACAUCUGAUUGAGCCGACGCAUUAAUUUUACUCACUUAAUUUUCUCUUGCAUCUGUAAGAUUGCUGGUCAUUUCUGAGAUGUAGCAAUGAUAUGUUAUUUAAGUAUUAAAAAGAAGUCUUUAUGAAGCUUUAUAUAUAUGACAGAAGUACAUUUUUGAGGAAACAAACUUUGAAGCUGGUGUUAUUUUCACACGCUGGCUUUAUUUUUUUAAAUUACAUACUGGACCAAAGAUGUAUUUGUUGUUCAAAAAAGGGAAUGUUGUUAAGAUUCCAAGUGCCUAAAAUGAACCAUGAAAUGUUCCAAAAACAUCUGUAAAGUGAGAACUGUUCAUUCAGGGUUUUCUAGAUUACUCUGUCUCACUUUUCAGGAACAGAAGCAUUCAUUUUUGUGAGAUUAAAAAAACAAAAAUCACA